CCUCUGCCCACCAAUCUGCCGCUGUCGCCCUUUUCAGGUCUUCCAUCGUUCACAUCCCCCGACGUCGACGUCGUUUCGUUUUUUAUCUUUGCUCUCUCGCUUGAGAUAAAGAAACGAUCAAGAAGAAAAAAGAAGCAAAAUUGCGAGGCCGCCUUGUUCGGCGGCAAAUCUGGGAUAUCAGGCACUGAGUUCUGCACCACAAGACGGAUGCGUUUGUUAAACCAUUCAAUGGAGUCAAAAGGCGCUAUCUUUUCUCUUUCUUUUUUUCUUCUCGCCAUCUCAUCCCUUCCAUCCCACACUUCCACCUUCCCCACACCCCUCUCCCUCUCUUCCCCCCUCCCCAACCCACGCCUCCUUUCGCCCUUGCUUCCCUUCCUCAGCCCUCAAUCCACCCUCUCUAGUACACGUUCCCUUCCCACUCAUUCUCUUGUUUCCUCAUUUCAUCCCCAUCAUCCCUUAUUUCAUUGUCCCAUUCAGGACACUCAACGCCUUGGGGCAAGGUAAAAAAACAACAAGCUGAAACCCCACGCGCGAGUGAGCCAUCAGCGCCUACUGCACUGCAAAGAGACAAGGAUAAGCUGAUGGGGCUCUCUCCUCUUUUUCCUCCCAACACCAACCGACAAGAGUAAAGGGCCGAAAAAGGGCAGGUGUGAGACUAAAGCGCACACAUGGAACUGCAGACUGCGGUGCUAAUUGCACAUACUUUGGUGUGCCAAUCUAGGU